AGUUAGUAUAAAAGAUCCAUUACAACGAGCAGAGUUGAACGGAAGAAAAUGAGGUGCCUGACGCUGCUCGCUCUCUUGAUUGUUGCGCUGCUCGCGACCUGUGCCAGAGCUGGCAAGGUGACCAUCAAUGGGGCCUGUGUGGAUUGCCAUAGGGAUGGCGCGACAACACGCCGGCCCAGCUCAUCGCGAGCUCCUCCCACCACGCCCAAGUCCAAGUCCCGGCCGAAGAGCAAUAAGAACUCGGAUGAAGAUGAUCUUGAUGGCUGGAUGCUGAGCCAGGACAGCCAUGGAGCGCAGAGUAUAUGGCGAGGCGGUCGCCACAGAAGGCAGAUCUAUCGACAGCAAAUUAUCACUGAUCCGGGUCUAGGCAGCGGAGGUGGCUGGUCAGGUGGCCGUGUGACCACAAUCAAUGCACGUGGACGUCCCGGCACCUAUGUGCAUAACGACGAUUGCGUCGGCUGCAACAUAAACGGCUAAUGGGCCAUGUAAUGGGCGGGAGGUUACAUCCAAUAAAUAUACUCUCCAGUUCCAGCUAAAGCAA